GAGCAACACCUAAAUUAGUUCUGCAACUAAUGAAUAUCAAGGGCCUAAGCAUUGCUCAUGUCAAGAGUCACUUGCAGAUGUACCGGAGCAAGAAGAUUGAUAAUCAGGGCCAGGUAAUAAAUGGUAGAGGGCAUCUCACAGGAAGUGCAGAUCACCUCGUCCACAGCUUUUGGCAGCCCCUAAUGCAUGAUCAAAAACUUCGGUCUGAUUUCAGGGAUAUUUCUUGGAGUGGCCAUGGAAGUUGGCUGUCAAGGUUUCAUGGUUCAGUAGCUGAGGAGUUCCAUGGGGCUAUUGGUAUGAACAGAAGGAAUGGAGCUUUCUACAUCGAUAAUAGUUCUACAAUCACAGUGCAAAAUAGCAAGAAAACCCAUGAGUGCUCUCAAGAUUUUAGGUUACAAUACAGUUGUGAUCAAUCCAACCAACUCACCAGGAGGCAAUGGCAUGGGUGUGGAGGAGAGAAUGUGAAUUUCUUUAACAAAUCAUUGAUCACUAACACGUUGAAGAGAAAAGCUGAGGACAGUCAUUGCCUUGAUCUUGAUCUGUCAUUAAGCUUGAAGUCAAGACAAGAUGAGGAAAUCAAGAAGAGGUUUGGGGGUGAAGAAGUGGAUAGUGACUUGUCUCUUUCUUUGUUUUCUUGUUCAAAGAAAGAAAACAGUUCUAUAGAUUUAAAUUUUCCAUCCAAAGUUAGCAAGUUGAUAGAAGACGAUGAUAUUACAAAGAAUCGAACAAUGGCAAGUACUCUGGAUCUGACUAUAUGAAUUAGGUAAUUCUAGUGAGAUCUUGUUGGUACUUGUUUCAGAGGAAAAAUAAAUAUCAUUCUUGUGUAGGGAACAUGCAAGGUAAUGUGAAAAACCUUUCAUCUUCAUGAAUGCUAUCCAUUUUUUAAUGUC